GGUUAAGACAUGCGGAAUCUGCCGUUUGUUUGGGUGUGCUACCGAUCCUAACCCUAGGUCUAAUGCCUCUCCUCCGUCCCUUCUCCACCGAUGUGCCCGGUGGCGGCAGCAUGGCCGUGAAGCAGGUGACAAGGUCCAAUUUCAACGCGGCGCUGGAGAGCCUUAGGGCCUGCGUGGAGGAGUCGGACUUCGUGGUCGUUGACCUUGAGAUGACUGAUGUGACGAGUGCCCCAUGGAGGGACCCGUUCGAGUUCGACCGAUCCGAUGUCCGUUACCUUAAGCUGAAGGACUCCGCUGAGAAGUUCGCUGUCGUGCAGUUCGGUGUCUGCCCCUUCCGCUGGGAUUCAUCCAAGGGCUCGUUCUUCGCCCAUCCGCAUAACUUCUAUAUCUUUCCACGAAAAGAGUUGCCACUUCAUGGGCCACCUGAUGAUUUCCUAUGGCAAGUAACAUCCAUCGACUUCCUUACUAAAUACCAAUUUGACUUCAAUGCAUGCAUAUAUGAAGGAAUAUCUUAUUUAUCCAGAGAACAAGAAGGAGAAGCCCUCAAAGGUUUAUCUUCAGAGUACCUUGAGGGAUUAGCUAAUUCCUUUUGUAAUUUUGAGGAGCCUGUGGAUACACCAAUUGCGUGAACAUCUGACAUUCUUUUUUGGGAGAGGAUGAAGAACAAGCUUCAUAAAUGGCAUGAUUCUAUACUUAGAAGUCCUGACAAAGCUUACAUUGACAAAGAAGAUGCUGGUAUCAACAACACACAAUUUCAAACAGUUUUCUUUAAGAUGUGUCUUGCUAUCAUGCUAAAUGGGUUUACCUCCCACCAGCUGAAGUUGAUUCAACUGGUAAUGUAAUAUUUAAUGUAGUGCUACUAUCGUUAAC